ACCGCAAAUUUUUGUUCAAAAUGACUGUUAUUAUUAAAGAAACUUAUAAUGUCAGGCCAACUCAACCAACACAACAUUCACCAAUAAUUCUAUCUAAUCAUGAUUUAGUACUUCCAAUGGUUUACAUGUUUGCUCAUCAUUUUUACAAGAAUGUUGAUAACAAAAAUGAUUUUAUGGAUCCUAGUAAACUACGUGAUUCAUUGGGAGAUAUUUUAUCUGAUUAUUAUCCAUUGGCUGGUCGUUUAAAAAAAGAAAUUGAUGGUAAAUUAAGCAUUGCAUGUUGUGAUCAAGAUAUUACAAUUCAACAACUUGAAGAAAAAAAUUGGCAGCCUUCUUCAAUUCCAGAUCAUCUUGUACCUGAUUUACCUGUAACUCAUGGAUUAAUAUCACUUCCUUUGGAUGUGCCAUUACUUAUGGUACAACAUACCACAUUAGCUGAUGGAUCUGUUGUUUUAGGAACGGUCAUGCAUCAUACAAUUGCAGAUGGUAUCUCAUUAUUUUGUUUUUUAGAUAAUUGGGGACGUAAGGCUCGUCAAGAACCAAUCAUUCCUCCUGUACAUGACCGUUCUUUACUAAAGGCUAGUGGUAACCCACCAACUCAUGAGCAUCCUGAAUUCAAGCUGUUUAAACUUCCGACUGAGGCUUCUCAAGCGAUGCCACCGAUGCCACCGAUGAUAACAAAAUUAUUUCAUAUUAAUAGAGAUAAUUUAAAAAAAUUAUGCAAUUUGAUAAAUGGAUCUCAACCAAAUCUUGCACUUCAAAUACGAAAAGCAAUUGAUAAAGUAAAUGACUCAAAAAUAAGAUCCUCAAUUGAUUGGAUUGAGCAACAACCAAAUAAAAGUGAAAUUAAAUUAAAUUGUAAUUACUAUUGUGGUAAAGAUCUUGUCUUGACCAAUUGGUCUAAAUUUUCAUUAUAUGAUUUAGAUUUUGGUUAUGGAACUCCAUUAAGAUUUAGCUUGAGAAGAGGAAGAAAUUUGGAUGGAAUAGUUUUCCUACUUGGAACUAAAUAUGAUGAUGGAAUACAAGCUUUUACAAGCUUAAUUAUUGAACACAUGCAAAAAUUAGAGCAAGAUCCUGAAUUUAAAGAGUUUUUUCAAAUUUCUUAAGUAGAUUUUGUAGGUUUUCUUAAACAAUACAUGUGUCAUGUAAUUCUUAAAUUUGUAAAAAUUAAAGAGAUUAAAUUAUUAAAAAAUUAUUGCUUUUGUGUUUUUUUACCAGUGAGACAAAUAAUUCCACUAUGAGUUAAUAUUAUGAACAUUACAGUAUUAGUUUUUGCUCUAGUAAAUAACAUUGAGAGAGCACCCUUUAACUAAUCAUACUCAUUUUUUGAAAUUGCUGACU